AUGAAAAUCACGUGUAAUUCGGCGAGACACGCAAUUUCUGGGAGAAACUUCGACGAAUCCUUGGAUCAAAAUGCGGCAGGGAGACUGAAGCCAGUCGAUCCUAACAUCGCCGCACUGCUAGGUCACUCCGAAGAAGUCCAAGCGCGUCAUUAUGUGGACAGCUGGGCAAAGUCCGCUGUGAAGGGAUACCGUAUUGUGAAGCUGUUAGCCGAAAGACAGAAAGGACUAUUCGGGGCCGAUAUAGCGGCGGCUGAACGGCGCGUAAAAUUCAUGGGUCGAAACUACUUCUUCAAUUGGACACCAUCUCAUGGACUGGACAGUUUCGCAGCAUACAAAGCGAGCCGCAUUGUUAUGUGCCCUGAAAUGCACAUAAAUAUGAUCCCUUUCGACGCAGAUAAUCAGCUGGAUAAGCUGCUCAUGGCAGCUUACGGAGAUGCAUAUCAUAGGAAGAGGAAAGCGUCGGUGGUGAUUGUGCUGAAACCGGCAGUCGGUAUCGCAGCAGUGGUACUUCUUGGUGAGGCCAUCUCACCAAGUUCACCACAAAGGUAUAGCUGUUGCGUGAGUUACGACGAGUCUGCAGAGAGUUGCUAUGCGGUUCGCAAAUGUCCGUUGAAUACCGAAGGACCGACCCUAAGCGAAGAGUUUGGCAGAGCAGAGCUGCUGCAUUUUAGGACCAAGAAUCAUGAUAUGUGGACGGACUUGUUGUACAAGAAGAACCUGGAGUUUUCGUAUGUUAUCAACGUCAUGCGCCAGUAUCACAGUCUCCAAAGUCUUUGUACGUUCCGAAUUGAAAUUUUUCUUUAUUUCCACGAUUUGUUUGUAACAUGCUGA